CCCACCCUGUUUGUGCGCUCAUGUCAGGACCCGAAGAAACUUUAUGAAUCGAUAAUGAGAAAUGAAGUGACAAUGAGCGGGAGACCUCUGGAUUAACACACACACUCACACAGAUCUGCUGGUGACACUGCUCUACAUGUUCGAUUCCCUGUGAUGUGACUGGAACCAGGAUGAUUAAUGGAAACGAUAUUCUGGAGAUGGACUCUGUGUCUGACACGGAGGAGCUGGAGGAGCCGGAGGGAGACCCGGAGUUUGGCAUGAUAGAGGAGGACAUGGUUUAUCCUGAGGAGUUUUUACCAACAUAUCAUUCGAUUAAAGAAGGAGCCAAAGUCACCAAGACACAACUGGAGGAGUUCAACAACAAACCUGACUCCUUGUUCUUCAACGAUGGCGUGCGGCGCAUCGAUUUCAUCCUGGUCUACGAGGACGAGGACAAGAAGGAGUUCGAGAAGAGGCACACGUUCCAGAGACACAAGAGGCGACGAGAGUACUUUGAGGCCAGCUUGAUGAAGAUGGGGAUGGAGCUGGAGGCCACCCGUUCUGUCAUAGACGAGAAACUGACGUUCAUCAAGGUCCACAUGCCGUGGGACGUGCUGUGCACCUACGCCGAGGUCCUGCACAUCAAGCUGCCCAUCCAGCCCAAUGACCUGUCCUCCCGCCCCUCGCCGUGGCGCUUUAUCUCCUGCAUCACCAAGUACUUCUACCCCAACCAGGAGCUGAUCAGCGAGGAGACGGAGUUCUUCACGGCCCCCUUUGAGAAAGACCGUCUGGAUUAUUUCUACAUGAAGGACCAAGACGUCUUCUUCACUCCGUCCAUGAGGAGCAGGAUGGCAUAUUACAUCCUGAGUCGUGCUCCCUAUGAAAUAAGAGGAAGUAGAAAGAAGUUUGGCAUCUCCAAACUGUUGGAUGGUGGAGUGUACAAAGCUGCGUAUCCCCUCCAUGACUGCAGGUUCAACGUCAGGUCCACAGAGCAGGGCUGCCCCAACGAGAGAUACCUGCUCUAUGAAGAGUGGGCUCAUCCUAAAAGCUUCUACAAGAUGCAACCACUCGACCUGAUCAGGAAGUAUUACGGAGAGAAGAUUGGUAUUUACUUUGCCUGGUUGGGUUUCUACACGGUCAUGCUCGCUCUGGCUGCUGUCGUGGGACUGGGCUGUUUCAUCUAUGGAUACAGGACUCAAGAAACCAGCACCUGGAGUAAAGAGGUGUGCGACCCUGCGAUUGGAGGAAACAUAGUGAUGUGUCCACAGUGUGACAGGUUCUGCAAAUACUGGAGGUUAAACUCCACCUGUGAAGCUUCAAAAAAAAUCUGUAUAUUUGAUAACUUUGGGACCAUGGUGUUUGCAGUUUUCAUGUCAAUCUGGGUGACAUUAUUUCUGGAGUUUUGGAAGCGUUACCAGGCGGAGCUGGAGUACGAGUGGGACACUGUGGAGUUUCUGGAGCAGGAGGAGCCGUCUCGCCCCGAGUACGAGGCCAAGUGUAUCUAUGAGAGGAAAAAUCCUGUCACAGGGGUGAAAGAAAAAGUUCCCUACACAGCCUGUGGACGAUGUGUUCGUGUGUCGAUAGGAAUAGGGACUGUCCUUUUCUGGAUUCUGUUGAUCCUGGCGUCCAUUGUGGCCGUCAUCGUGUACCGCCUGGCCGUCUUCUUCACCUUCUCCAGCAGAUUCAGAAACCAGGAACUGAAGGAGUUGGAGCCGUUGAAGGAGUACGUGACGCCUCAGAUGGCCACGUCCGUCACAGCCUCGCUCAUCAGCUUUGUUGUCAUCAUGAUCCUCAAUAUUCUCUAUGAGCGCGUCGCCAUCUGGAUCACUAACUUCGAACUCCCUCGGACCAAGACGGAUUAUGAGAACAGCUUAACCCUGAAGAUGUUCCUCUUUCAGUUCGUCAACUAUUACUCCUCGUGUUUCUACAUCGCCUUUGCCAAAGGGAAAGCAGUCAGCUAUCCCGGGCGGCCUGUUUAUCUUCUGGGAAAGUACAGGAACGAGGAGUGUGACCCAGGCGGAUGUUUGAUUGAGCUGACGACUCAGCUCUCCAUCAUCAUGGGGGGAAAAGCCAUCUGGAACAACAUCCAGGAAGUCCUGCUACCGUGGGUGAAGAAUUUGAUUUCCCGGUACUGCACCCGUGUGGCCUCAGAGAAGGUGGUUCCUCGCUGGGAGCAGGACUACCAGCUCCAGGCCCUCUCAAAGCACGGACUCUUCUAUGAAUAUCUUGAAAUGGUCAUCCAGUUUGGCUUUGUGACCUUGUUCGUGGCGUCCUUCCCUCUGGCUCCGGUCCUGGCUCUGGUCAACAACCUGUUUGAGAUCCGGGUCGAUGCCUGGAAAAUCACCACGCAGUUUCGACGCGUGGUUCCGGAGAAAGCCCAGGAUAUAGGAGCCUGGCAGCCCAUUCUUCAGGGUAUCGCCAUCUUGGCUGUCGCAACAAAUGCCAUGAUCAUCGCCUUCACGUCAGACAUGAUUCCUCGCUUGGUGUACUACUGGUCCUUCUCUGUGUACCCGUAUGGAGAUCACUAUAAUAACACCAUGGAGGGCUACAUCAACAGCUCGCUGUCCAUAUUCAACACCAGCGAUUUCUCCGCCUCCAGCAGACCCAUCUCAUCAGACAUCAACUCCACCAUCACCACCUGCAGGUAUCGUGAUUUUCGUUAUGCUCCGGGUCACAACAGACAGUACGAGCACAACGUCUACUACUGGCAUGUGGUUGCAGCAAAAAUGGCUUUUAUAAUUGUUCUAGAGCACAUUGUUUACCUCACCAAGUUCAUCCUGUCCUACAUGAUCCCGGACGUCCCGUACGCUGUCAAAGAGCAGAUCAAACGAGAGAAGUACUUGACCCAGGUCAUCCUCCACGAGACAAACCUGAAGCUGGUGACCAAACGUUUGAAACCGCACAGCGACGACACUUUCGAGCAAACAGCAGCCAAAGAGGAGAUCGAACUGGAUUUUUGACAUGACUGCUCAACAAGACUUUAAAUAAGGAGCAUACUGUUGUCAUGGAAGAUGUGCCACAGCCAGUAAGACAGAGGAUGGUUUUUAAAGGAGGAACCACUGUUGUCUGCUCUUCAUCUCAAAACCACUGUCUCACAUUUCGGACUCCACAGAACCUUCUUCUGGAACGUGUUGAGGUUUUAAACAAUGUGGUUGAAAGCUGUGGAAAAAGCCUGUAGGUCGAAUUACUGCAACGCUGUCCUACAAUAUCAGUAUUAAUAUACAGAAAACAUGUUAAACCUUUGAAUACAAUGUUGAAAACUGACUUUUGUUUUAGACUAACAUCCCUGGAACUAGAACAAAAUUACUGUAGUGUCAGAGAACUCCAAGGGCUCAAAAGCAACAGCGAGCAUCUUUAAUGGCUUUUUUUAGACCAAUGAAGUUGUCAGUUUCCCAUCCAGUGCCAAUGUUGUUGAUGUAAAAUGCACUUGCAUCUAUCUGAGCAUCCAUGGGAGUGGAAACAUUAGGUGCUUUCAGGCGCAUUGAAGCAGUGGAAAGUGAUGAAAACCUGGUCUGAAGUCAGUGGCCCAUUAUUUCUCUGUUAUUUUAAAGGCUCAUUACCAAGUGGUUUAAAGUGCUUUGAUGAUGUGAGUGAAGUCUUUAUCCACUUACUCACUUCUACUGUUGUACUUUGCACUUGUUAGAGACCCACUCUUGUGCCAUGAUCUCUAAGCUGCCCCACAUAUAUCCUGUGAUAAAGGCAGUGCAGUAAAUCCGUGGUAUGUGGUGAAUUUACUGACGGAGGGUCCCCUGGUGUCAUUUUCCCGGGGCCUGGCUGCUGCUGCCCCUUAGCACUUGUGAAGAAAAGAUUGUUGAAGUAAUUAUCUAAAGCACGAGCAGAGUUUCCAAACACAUCUGCACUAGACUGUGGAUACCGUACCCCAGGUCAGGUUCAGACCCAGAAAACCAAACGCCACUCGGAUUCGGGUUGAGCCACACACAAAGAUCCCGCUAACCCAUACCCACAAUGCAAAAGUCCCAGCCUUUGUAAAUGCCCAUUAAAAUGUCAGAAAUUAUAGAUGCAAUAGCAAGUAGUCAAGCUAGCUUCAAGAGACAAUACCUGCUGCGGUCACAGAAGCAAUUCUGAGAAGCAAUUCGAGAUUUCUCCUCUGUAUCAAUCUAAACUUUGACAAUCUGCUGGACUGUCACUGUUUGUCCAUUUUUAUCUUUAACUGGUUGAACUCUGCUUUCCUUCCUUGUUCUGAUAUUAAGCCACUGCAGUAAUUAAACCUUUUCCUGUGGCAUUGCUGAUUUCUACAGACCAUUACCACUGUUGUUUUACUACCUGGCCUUUAGAUUUGAACAAUGCUACUAUAAACACUGCGUAACAGUAUCAUAUACAAGCAAUACAGUAUCUGAUGAUGCAUAUGUCUGUUGUUUUAGUGUUUUAUACU